ACACAUAUAUAUACAGAUAUACAGACAGGUGUGCUACUGUACUCUCGCUCUAGGGUUUGGGUGUCUCAUUAAUAGCUUGAUCGAGAGGGACCGUUGUGCCCUUUUGCUGAUUAAUAGUAUGUUGGGAUCAUUUGGUUCGUCAUCUCAUGAGGAGGAGGAGGAGCCGGCGGAGGCGCCGCCGGCGCCGCCGUCGCCCAAUGUGUACCUCCACCACCGCCACCAUCAGAUAAUUCCUCCUCCCCGGAGUUUCGCCUCGCCGUCGAUUCACAUGCGGCAGCUGCUCAUAAGCUGCGCCGAGCUUGUCUCCCGCUCCGACCUCUCCGCCGCGCACCGCCUGACGGCGGUUCUGUCAUCGAAUUCUUCGCCGUACGGUGACUCCUCGGAAAGACUCGUCCACCAGUUCACCAAAGCCCUGUCCCUACGAAUCAGCCGCUACGCCGCCGCCACGAGCUUUUUUCCGGCGCCGGCGAGCGAGAACGAGGAGGUGGUUCAGUCGUCGUACCUGUCGCUGAACCAGGUGACGCCGUUCAUCAGAUUCAGCCAAUUGACGGCGAAUCAGGCGAUCCUGGAAGCCAUUGAAGGGCAUCAAGCGAUCCACAUCCUCGAUUUCGACAUAAUGCACGGCGUGCAAUGGCCGCCGCUGAUGCAGGCGGUGGCGGAGCGCUACCCGCCGCCGACGCUCCGCAUCACUGGAACCGGCGGCGAUCUCGAAAUCCUCCGCCGCACCGGCGACCGCCUCGCGAAAUUCGCUCACUCAUUAGGUCUCAGAUUUCAAUUCCACCCCUUAAUCCUCCUCCCCAACGAAGACCCAAUUUCAGUGACCUCAUCCGUCGUCCUCCUCCCCGACGAAACCCUAGCAGUGAAUUGCGUCCACUAUCUCCACCGCCUGCUCAAGGACCGGGACCGGCUGCACCUCUUCCUCCACCGCCUGAAAUCGAUGUGCCCGAGGGUUCUGGCGGUGGCGGAGAGGGAGGCGAAUCACAACCACCCGAUUUUUCUCCAGCGUUUCGUGGAGGCGCUGGACCAUUACGCGGCGGUGUUCGAUUCGUUGGAGGCGACGCUUCCGCCGACGAGCCGGGAGCGUCUGGCGGUGGAGCAGAUAUGGUUCGGGAGAGAAAUUGCAGACAUAGUGGCGGCGGAGGGGGAGAGCAGGAAGGAGAGGCACGAACGGUUCAGAUCAUGGGAAGUUAUGCUUCGAAAUUCAGGGUUCGUGAAGGUUCCAUUGAGCCCUUUCGCCCUUUCCCAAGCGAAGCUUUUGCUGAGACUCCAUUACCCUUCUGAGGGGUAUCACCUCCACAUUCUCAAUGAUUCCUUUUUCUUGGGAUGGCAGAAUCACCCCCUUUUCUCAGUCUCUUCUUGGCACUAAAACUCAGAUCAGAUCAGAUUAGAUCAUCUAUCAAUAUACCUAUAUCUCUCUCUCUAUAUAUAUAUAUAUGCAAUCAGUUUAA